AUGUCUACUCAACCCAAGAGGACCCUAGACGCCUUUUUCAGGCCUCAAGUUCCAACCGUACAGCCAAUCAGCUUUUCUCAAUCUGUAGCAACACCACCACCACCACCAACAUUACAGCCAUUACCAACGCCACCUAAGAGCUUCUAUCGGCCUACCGGACCUAGCACCCCAAACGCGAUCUUGCCUGAUCGGGUGUUGUUCGAAGGAGGACAUAUACCUAGUAGAAUAAUAACUGGUGGUCAAGCGCAUAGAACUCACCAAAAUCAAUCCAGACAUCGUUUGAAGUCUUGUAACUCAUGUCAUCUACCUCUUCGGCCCUCACCACCUUCUUAUAUACAACCAUUUCGCUGGACAAAGACUGAGAUCAAGACAAUGAUGGACAAAGUUUAUCCUGAAUGGGAAUCAUCCAGUGCAUGUCGGGCACUUUAUUACGAUCAUACCACUAUAAGCAGUAAUAAUAAUAGUAGUAGUACCCAUCAACCCUGGGCUGAGAAAUAUAGCCCAGCCAACCUAGAUGGUAUGCUAGCCAAUAAGCAAGAAUCGAUUCAACUUUGGGACUGGCUAAAAUACAAGAAAGUAUCUAAUCGUGGAAGACUUGUCUCCGAAGAUCUGGAAAUGGAACAUUUGACACUGAUGGAAAAUGAAGUUGAUGAACAUGGAUUUCUAACUAAUGCGGGAUUCGAACGUUUCUGGGGAAAUCCAUACGAGGAUCAGACAAAAGAGAAGAAGCCAAAACUGAAGUCAAAGCAACAUGGAAAUGAUAAGAAGAAGACUAGGCCACCUGAAACUUCGUUGGUGCUACUUGUGGGGCCAACGGGUGUGGGCAAAACCGCUGCAGUAUAUGCCGCUGCAAAGGAAAUAGGAUACGAGGUUUUUGAAGUUCAUGCAGGAAUGAGACGUUCUGGCAAGGAUAUUAUAGCAGCAGUUGGUGCCAUGACUGAAAGCCACUUGGUUACAUUUAGCAAAACAGGGGAUAAACGACGAGGUGAAGUCUCCAAACCAAAUCUGCCAAACAAGCGAAGAGUAAAACCUGAGCCACCAGCAGUGCCUACAAACGUUGGGCUUAUGCGACAUUUUGCACGCAUCAAACCUAUUGAGAAGGUUGCAGAAGAAUAUAUAGAUGUUAUGCAUAUAGAUCCAAUAAUAGAUGAUGCAAUGGAUAUAGUAGAGAAUGAAGAGGAGAAAUAUGAGACCAACGAACCCCAGGAGCCUAAGGAAAGUCUGAUCCUGUUGGAUCAAGUAGAUAUACUAUAUGAAGAAGACAAAGGAUUUUGGUCAGCAGUAGAAGAAUUAUCAGACAAAAGUCGGCGACCUAUAAUCAUGACUUGUAACGAUACAAGUACGAUCCCGAUUGAGAGUUUACGGUUAUACGGGAUAUUGCAUUUCGAAUCUCCUCCGACAGAAGUACUAUUGCCAUGGUUGCAGCUUAUAUGUUUUGCAGAAGGGUUUUUUGUACCUCCUGUAGACUUGGUGUGUCUGGUGGCCUGGGUAGGAGACGUGCGCCAGAUCAUAAAUACAUUACAAGUGUGGUGUCCACAGUUUGAUCUGGGGGAUGAUAUCUCAGAUGAGUGGAAGAGGGACUGCACGGGACUUUUUGGGGUCUAUAUUGAAUAUGAAUUGCAUGAAGAUGAUCCAUUGAUUAGGAUGUACGAGGAAUAUCAGAAACAUCAGAUAGAUUCAUCACUAUCAUCUUUAAAACCUUUUGUUCCAGAAUUAGAAGUUUCGUCGUCAACAACAUUAGACGCGUUGUGGCGUAGCUUGGAAGUGGCUUCGGUUCAAGACGCGUUUAUGGCCCACCCUAAUGAUCCGUUGCAAGAAGAAGAGAAAGUAUGGGAGUCAUCCAAGGAUCACCCUUCUGGUACUGGUCGGCUGUGGGAUGUGCCGUCUGACCCGAACCAACUGGCACAGGAAAUUCAGACAGUUCUGACUCGGCUGGCCCGGAGCGUGCAUGGGACCCAUGGAGCUUAUGGUUGGGAGAUUCUGGAAAAGAACACAAAGAUACGAAAAGAGAAUAUGUUAGAGGCUUGCGAACCUAUUCUUCCUCUAAGAACUAUUGUUCAACCACGUAAUUCAGAGUUACUUGAUUACUUACCACAUAUUCAAAUAAUGUGUAAGCGACCUUCCCGCCCAAAUAGCCGUAAUCGUACUUUACGCUCUCGUCGCUAUAAGCCGUAUUUGGCCCUGAGUGAAGAAAGCAUUGAGAUACUUACCACAUCACCCCCUCAACAGAUGACUGACAUGCAUCAAUAG